AUGAUCACAGGAGAUUCGAGGUGGGAGUGCCCAGAGGCUGGCAGCAAAGCCGCCAUCACCUCGUCAGCAGGCAUGAGAUAUAUCCGCGCAGAGGUCGUCAAACGGGGCGCCGCCGGCGAGUAUAUCAACGAAGCACUGCAAAUCCCCGAGGUAUCUCAAUACGUCAGAAAAGGCUUAUAUGCCAAGUCAUUGUACAUGAUCAUCGGCGUCGCGACAUGCAAGAAACUCUCUAUGAGCCAUGCGAGAACCCGGGAGACCAUGUUCUCCGCUGACCUGGACGCCAAUCUCGCCGUUUUGGGACCCGAGGCUGGAGCCGGCUUGUCAAUUGGAAACAAAGCCUCAUCGGCGGUGGAGUUGGAGAUCCAGGAGGAGUGUGACUUCUCAUGCAGGGUGGGAAAGUUCCAGUACUCGCGGCGUCGGAGGAUAAUCAGAGAGGCAAAGGACUUCACAGACGGUGCGCUUUUCGAUCGAGAGAGUGGCACGAACGACGUUCCACUCACAGACACAGAAGCCGAGGCUAUUUACAGUGACGAGCCCGUGUUUGACGAGUUCGAGAGCGAGGAUGAGGCCGUGUAUUCAUCUGACGGUGUGGUGAUUCACGCUUUCGGCUAA